AUGCGUCCAUCAUGUUCUUCACCAAAUUUUUCAUCAUCAUCAUCGGAGACUGAAUCUGAUUCUGUGUUAACGGUUCGACGAGGACGUAUAGCAAAAAUUGCAAAAGAACGUCGAGAACGUCGUGAAACGAUGGCAAAACUGCAGCGUAUGAUUCCAUCAUCGAAAGACUGCAAAUCACAACUGGAAUUACUGCAACGUGUUAUUGACUAUAUUUUUAUACUGCAGGAGCAGUUACGUGACUGUGAUGAGACUGGAAACACCUGCAAAUUUGAAAAUGACAUUAGUAGUUUAAGUCGUCUAUUUGCAAGGAUUACCACCGAAUGCUCACAGUCAUCACAGCGGAUUUUGUCCAACUGA